UCUGACACCUUGAGACAAGGAAGGAGUCAGAGAGCUAACUCAGGAUCUAAAGAGAUGUGCAGUCUGCACACUGAGAAGCUCAAGCUCUUCUGUGAGGAUGAUCAACAGCUCAUCUGUGUGAUAUGUAGGGAUGCACAAAAACAUAAGAAACACAACUGCAUCCCCAUCAAUGAAGCAGCAGAGGCCCAUAGGACCCAACUCAAGAUUGAACUGAUGCACUUAAAAAGCAAACUGGGUUCGUAUAAAACUGCGAAACUCAACUGCGAUAAAUUGGCCAGACACAUCAAGCUCCAGGCUCAGCAGACAGAGAAGACAGUCAAAGAGGAGUUUCAGAAGCUUUACCAGUUCCUGCGAGCAGAAGAGGCUUCCAGGAUUGAUGCAGUGAGGAAAGAGGCGACGCUCAAGAGUGAGGCAAUGAACAUCAGGAUUGUUCAUUUGACUGCAGAGAUCUCCUCGCUCACCAACAAAAUCAAAGCCAUAAAGGAGGAGAUGAAGGCUGAGGACAUCUUAUUUAUGCUGAAUAUAAAAUCCACUUUAAAGCGCUCCCAGUGUAACCUGCAACAACCAGAGACUCCAUCAGGAGCUCUGAUCGAUGAGGCCAAACACCUUGGGAACCUGCUGUUCACAGUCUGGGAGAAAAUGAAAAAUAUAAUCCAAUACACUCCUGUAACUCUAGACCCCAACACUAGUGGCUCCCAACUGACUGUAUCAGAACAGAUGACCCUAACAACAGAGCGUACCAACUAUCAGGCGCUUCCUGAAAACCCAGAAAGGCUGAGCGCGGUAACUGUUCUCGGCUCUGAAGGCUUUACCUCUGGAAAACACAGCUGGGAUGUGGAGGUGGGGGGUCUCUGGGCUCUUGGUGUGGCUUCUAGAAUCAAGAAUCAAACCUCUGUGAACAUCUGGAGCAUCUAUCUGUAUUCUACCUCUGAUAGUCUCCGUGAAUUUACUCCAGAGAAUAAUAGGGGAACUAGAUUGAAAUAUCCAUUUCCCGGUAAGGUCAGAGUGCAGCUUGAUUAUGACCAAGGAAUACUAUCAUUUUUAGACCUUGAUAGUAAAACACUUGUACACACCAUCAGAUACACGUUCACAGAAACAGUCUUUCCAUAUUUUUGUGACAAAAUAAAAAUCCUUCCAGCUGAAUUGUUAGUGAGGACAAGACAACCCAGAUAAACAUCCUGCAUUGCUGCAGUGGUCCAACAACAAGAUGAGGCCUUGAAACCUUAAAUAUUUACAGUAUCACCUACAUUGGACAUAUUGACACAUAUAUGUAAAGUGUAAUAAUUUGACUUAAUUUUCAACUGUUUUUAGCAUAAGCAGGUAUAGCUAAUGGGGUGUAUGUAUGUUUUAGAGACAAAUAGACUUUUAGAGUUUAAUCAUGUAAAUAUAUUUUUCUAUCAUCAGACUAAGAUUAAGACAGUUUUCUUCUUUUUAUCAUGCUUACCUCUUUUGGGUGAGUGUUUGCUUAUCUGGACAACACAUCUGUUGAGGCAAAUGUUUGAUUACUUUAUGGGUCAUAUAUAUGAAAAUGAAAAUGUAUAUCAAAUCAAAUGUAUCAAGUAUGUAUCAUGUUUCAUACAUAAAUGUAAAUGUGCAAUGAUCAAUCAUGCACCGGGGUCCAGGGUUUCUGCAGUAACAUGGUUCUUUUGAUUUCUGUCAGCAAAAACAAUUACAAUAAACAAAAUGCAGCUCUCA